GCGCCCGGCAUUCGCACUCUGCUGCUGACAGCACGCACUUGAUGUAACUAUUUAAAACUGGCUCUUAAAGUCAGAUGCAAGACUAGAAUCGAUUAGAAUAAAUAAAAUAAACUUUGACUUUUGAUUCAGUCAAGUGAAAUUCUUUAGCAUCCUGCAUAGUUCGAGAACGCAGAACGCUUUGGCAUAAACGAGUAUGGACAGUUUCAGCAUGUGCGUGGAAAAGAUGCUAAACAUCAGGAAGUUGUGGAUAUAAACGGACAGAAGAACUGUGCUCAUUCGUAAAAUCCUAUGGCUUGAAGUUUCAGGCUUCUUCCCUGGCCACAGCUCAUGGAUUUCCUCACGGAGUAUCCCUACAAUGACACUUAUUAUGACAACAGGACCGGGGCACUCAACAGCACAAGCUGUGAGGCCAAGCAUCAGUAUAACUACUAUGCCAUGCUCCUGACUCUCCUCAUCUUUGUCAUUGUCUUCGGCAAUGUGUUGGUGUGCAUGGCUGUCUCCCGAGAGAAAGCGCUGCAGACCACCACUAAUUACCUCAUUGUCAGCCUGGCGGUGGCAGAUCUUCUUGUGGCCACAUUAGUUAUGCCCUGGGUGGUGUACCUUGAGGUGGUGGGGGAGUGGCGUUUCAGUAAAAUCCAUUGUGACGUGUUCGUCACCCUGGACGUCAUGAUGUGCACAGCCAGCAUUCUUAAUCUGUGCGCCAUUAGUAUUGACAGGUACACGGCUGUUGCCAUGCCGAUGUUGUACAACACACGCUACAGCUCCAAGAAACGAGUCACGGUAAUGAUCUCGGUGGUUUGGGUGCUUUCGUUCACUAUUUCCUGCCCCCUGCUUUUUGGAUUAAAUAACACAGCUACACGGGAUGAGACCAUAUGUGAAAUAGCCAACCCUGCUUUUGUUGUCUACUCCUCCAUAAUGUCAUUCUACGUGCCCUUCAUCGUCACCCUUCUCGUGUACGUGCAGAUCUACGUGGUUCUUCGCAAGCGGCGAAAACGGGUCAACACUAAACGGAGCUGCCAGAAGACAGACUCAGAUGCUCAGCCCCCUCUCAAGGAAAAGUGCACUCAUCCUGAAGAUGUGAAACUGUGCACAGUUAUCAUUAAGACCAACGGGGGUUUACCUGCCAAAAACAAGAAAGCACAGCUGAUAAAGGAGGUCCUGCACCAAGGUGCUGAUGUUGGAGUGGACAUCGUGGCAGACACCAGCCCUCCCGAGAAAAAGAAACUGGCAUCCACUCUGGUCGUCGACCUGCUGCCCAACCCAAGUCCAAUCCAUGCCUCUCCCGCCCAUGGUGAAUGCCAGUCAAAUGGAGAUGAGAAAAAUGGGCAUACCAAGGAGGUUCAGACCCCUAAAGAAGCCAAACCUGUUGAAACUCAGGCACUGCCCAAUGGCAAAACCCGAACUACAGUGACCAAAACCAUGAGCAAGAGGAAGAUUUCACAGCAUAAAGAAAAGAAGGCUACUCAGAUGCUGGCUAUUGUUCUAGGUGUUUUCAUUAUUUGCUGGCUGCCCUUUUUUAUUACUCACAUUUUGAAAACUCACUGCACAAGCUGCGUGGUGCCACUGGAAAUGUACAAUGCCUUCACUUGGCUGGGAUAUGUAAACAGCGCCGUCAACCCCAUCAUAUAUACCACUUUCAAUGUGGAGUUCAGAAAGGCUUUCAUAAAGAUAUUGCACUGCUGAGGACAUUAUUCACUGCACGCAUAGAGGAGGUGGAGAUGGAGGUUUUCGAAAGAGGUUAGUGCCAUCUUUCAACGCCAUGUGAAAUGAGGGAUUUACAAAGCCAUGCUUUUAGGGCAGAGCAGAAGAACUCAUUACAGAAAAUGGAGUUCAAAUGAAUGUCACCGUAGAAUUUUAUUUGCGAAUUUCCAUUAUUUCUGCCAGCGGAGUGCACAUGUGAACGUGUUUAUUCUCUUUGGCACUGGAGUGUAAAUGUGAUUAAUUGUAGAAUUGAAGUAAAUUUGAAAUGAUCAGUAAUUGGAUCUUGCCACAAAGACUUUUACGGAAGCGGAGAUCUGAAUGUCGUAAUUACAUCAUUAUAUCAAUUUAGUGGCAAUUUAGUUUACAAAGUGCUUGCAGCUCUGUUUAUUUAAGUAAUUAUUUAAUCACCAAUCUAUUUAUUUGUCUGGGAACUUGUUAAUUAAGAGAUAGAUAUUGUAAAGGAAAAUACGUAAGGUGAAAAUGCCAUUCAUGGUUUUAUAAAGCCAGGACUCAAAGAUAUUAAAGGUGCACUCAGUAAUGUUUUGUUUCUCGGAUGUUUGGACUGUCAUUCUGACGGCAUCCAUUCACUGCAGAGGAUUCAUUGGUGAGCAAGUGAUAUAAUGCUAAACUUCUACAAAUCCGUUCCGGUGAACUAACAAACUUAUCUACAUUUUGGAUGGCCUGAGGGUUAAUAAAUGUUAAGCAAUUUUGGGGUUAACUAUUCCUUUAAGAAAAAGGUUUCAAUUAACAAUGCGUCUUGUAGAAAUGUGUUGUUUGUGGUCAUUUGUGUAUAAAUUAUUUCAUGAGCUAAUGAUAAUAGCCAAAAUAAACUAGUAUCUGUCUGGUCAUGUGAUCUCAGCAUGUCUGCCCAAUUAGGUACCCACUCGCUCCACACUUUUUAUCAGAGCAUACAGUAUAAUUUUUUUUAGUUAUUACUUUGUGUAAAAUGUUUUUAAGAACAAUACAACUAUUUAUUUUUUAAACAGAAUGCACCUUUAAGCAAACAGAAAUGAAUGCCUUUGACUUACCGACUAUGAAGGACAAUGUAAAUAGGAAUUAAAUAGUUUUAUUGAAGCCCAUGACAAAAAUUAUCAUGCAUGUUGCAUUUGUGCUUUACUACACUGCAGCCAAUGUAUGUCUAUUGUGUGUGUGUGUAUGUGUGUGUGUGUGUGUGUGUGUGCGUGUGUGUGUGUGUGUGUGUGUGUGUGUGUGUGUGUGCGUGUGUGUGUACAUUACGAGUACACAAACUUAUCUGAGCUAUAUAAAGUUGUAUCUUUGUACUGAAGUAGGUGUUUUUAUUUGACGUGACAGAUCAUUUUUGUGGUUGAAAAAAAAGCACAAUUAAUUUGUGGGGGUGGUGCAAUUUCCCAUGUUAAUAACUGUGCUCCAUUUUAACAUGGCCAUAGAUAUCCACUGCUGGAUCAAAAUUCUGAAUAAUAAAAAUGUUGAAAUCAUCUUUUAUGAAAGAAAAAAAAAAGUUUCAGGACAGAGUGAAUUAUUAUAUAGUACAUGAUAAUGACCAUUAACUUUGUUGCUUGUGAAGGUAAUAAUUGCACUUUAAUUUAGUUUCUUUCUUUUUUUCUUUGUUGAGAAAAAUGUAAUUACUGGUGUGUUGUAUAAAAUUGUCUCUCUCAGUGAUCGUUUGAAAAGCAGUCAUGAGAAAGAAAAUGAUAUGGUUCAAAAAACAGACAUUGAUGUAAGUCAUCUUAAUGCUGAAUAGUGUAAUUUUUCAGUGUUAAAAUAGUUUAUGCCAUCACAGCUUAUGCAGACACAGCUUACACAAACUAUAAGUAAGCCUAUUAAUAUUUAUAAAUGGUGUGAAGCUAUAAAACAUCACCGACCAGCCAGACACAGCAACACUAGGUCAACAAUUAAGGCGAGUUUGGGGCAUAACUAUAUGUUUGUUUAGUUUUUUGUUGUUUGAAAUGUUCAUUAUUCUUGCAAUUCCAUUCAGUGACACUAAUAGCACAAAGAUUACACACUCCCUUACUUGCUUAUAAUUGCAGUUUAAUCAUCACUAAACAUGUAGAUCCUGUAGAAGACAUUUCAGUGAGAAUAAAAGCGUGCUUACAGUGAGGUGUUUUAUGUAACUAAUAUCAGACUCUCAAGCUGAAAUAUUUGGCACUGUUAGUGCAAAACCUAUUCAAUUAUUUAUUUACUUCACGGCAACCUUUUUGUCAUGAAGUGCUAUUGUCAUGAAGUUAAUCAAUGUGCCAUACAUACACAGGUCAUUUAAAUUUAAUAAAAAAAAGAAAAGAAAAUAUAUUUCAUAGCAUAUUAAUCACAAACUCAAACUUAUUUUAUGUGUAUAAUACAAAUAUUAGAGAUUCUUACAUAUUUCCGAAGCUCUUUUUUUUUCUCCAUAAAUGGGUUUUAAACUUAUGUGUGGAAUGUGAGGAUUCUGUAUACUGUAUUGGAAAUCUCCAAAAAUGAUAGCGAUAAUGUGUUUCGUUCCAAAAACUACUGCUCUAAAGUUUCUUUAUUCAAUUAACAAUAGGUGAAUAAAAGCACUGACAACUUUUAGCAAUUAAAGAAAGCUUUUAGGGCUUGAAACUAAACAUAUUUGAAAUUGUAUUCCACUAUUGUAAAUUGAAUAAAGAAGCAUAGAGUGCAGACCUUUUUUAUUUGGUUAUACUUGGGCUUUACACCAAAAAGCUGGGAGGCGGUAAGUUGUUUGUCAGAGCUGUGUGCUUCUUUUGACUAGUGCAGGUUAAAAUCCUGCACUUUGAUAGUAUUUAUAACUCCUAACUUGGUUAUUUAUAACUGCAUUUCUUUCAUGAUGUGCAUUUGCGACCCAAGAAUCACAGUAUGUUGUUUUACUGCUUUACACUUCUUUGUUUUUAAUGACCCCUAUUUCCAAUCAGGAUUUAAUCAAUAGUUUUAUCAGUAUGUGCUCAUGCAAAUAUAAUGGAAUGUAAAUGCUGUACAGUUUUUAAUCAACUCCUGCUGUAUGUGUUUUUCAACAUGGUCUUUUCCUUGUACAUAAAGUCCUAUCAACUUGUUCGGCUUUGAAAAAAGAAAAACAUGCAAUGGAUACCUUUUACAUAGUAAGUAAAUUUAUGGUCCAAGUAAGUUUAUGGUCUGUCAGAUAUUUUGUAAUAGCAAUGUAAAUAUUGAAUGAAUAAAAGUCCUUGUCAGGCAUUGUGAACUGAUCUUUUGUACAAAAAUCUUGCUACACAUCUGCUACAGUGUUAUUUAAGUCAAAGGAAAUAAGUGUUAUUUGUAGGAGUGGGUAUCAAUAGGCUUCUAAAAAUAUUUGAAGGGUCAAAUCUGUUGUACAUUGAUCAUAUGCUGGCUCUUAAAUGGUGUGACAUUACUUUAAAAUAAGGCUAAUGCAAGAAAAGGUCAAUGUUUGACAGAGAGUGGAGAUGAAAACAACUGGCAUUCUGGGAAAUCUGAAAACACUGUGGCAGAAAGGCUUUUAUUAACCCAGCAAAUUCAGGGCAUCAUUGGAAAAGGCACAUCGGAUCAUAUGUUUCCAUUUGUUUUUUGGCUGUUUUGAUUAUUUGUAAUCACCAUAAUUAAAAUCAGAACCUUAUUG